GUGCUUCCAGAGCUCCUAUAAAAAGCCUUUUCUCUGUUGUCUCUCCCUGCCCAAAAUCCCAGGUGAAGGCCUAAUAUGAACAUCCUGCUAAUCUCGUUGCUGGGGUGCCUUGUCGUGGCACUGCCCUCAGCCAGCGCUCAAAAAGUCAGAUGGUGUGUGAAGUCCCAGAAUGAGAUGAAUAAAUGCCAACACCUUUCCAGCAUAGCACCAGACCUUGAGUGUCAUCUCAAGACUACUGUAACUGAGUGCAUGACAAGCAUCAAGGAUGGUGAUACAGAUGCUAUAACUGUAGAUGGACAACAUAUUUACCUAGCUGGACUCCUUCCAUAUGACCUCCGUCCUAUCAUCCAAGAGAAAUCUAAGAAACAGAGCUGUCAUGCUGUUGCUGUGGUCAAGAGGGACACUGACUUUACCAUCAGCGAUCUCAAGGGAAAGACUGCAUGCCACAGUUGUUAUCAAAGUCCUGGCGGCUGGAAUAUACCUAUUGGAAAAUUGGUUGCAGAAAAUAAGAUUCCCUGGGAUGGUCCUGAUGACAUGCCUCUUGAGAAGACUGUGUCGCGGUUCUUUUCAAGCGGUUGCGCUCCUGGAAUAUCCAAAGCCCAAUACCCAAACCUGUGCCAAGCUUGCCAGGGUGACUGCAGCUGCUCACAGAACGAAAAACACUCCGGUGAUGAAGGAGCCUUACAAUGCUUGAAAGGUGGUCAUGGACAAGUUGCCUUUGUUUGUCAGGAUUCAAUCCCACUGAUUGACAGUCAGACCUACCACCUGAUGUGCAUGGAUGGCAGCAGGAAAAGCAUUGAGGACUACAAGAAUUGCCACUUCGCCAAAGAGCCUUUCCGUGCUGUCAUCAGCCGCAGGGAUGCAGAUUCACAGCAUAUUUAUAAAGUCCUUAAACAGAUUCCGGAUUUAGAUCUUUUCUCUUCUGCUGCUUUUGGGGGUAAAGACCUGAUUUUCUCAGACUCGACAUCUGAACUGGUGGAGCUCGCUAAGAGCAUGGACUCCUUCAUCUACCUGGGACAAAAUUAUUAUAAGGCCAUGCGUGCCCUUAAAGUUGGGAACCCGCCACCCACACUUAAAGACCGCUCAAUUGAAUGGUGUACCAUUAGCCACGCAGAGCAACAGAAGUGUGACAAAUUAAACAGUAAGAUUCCUCGUAUCGCGUGCAAGAGGGAAUCAUCUGUGGAAGAGUGCUUCAAGAAAAUCAUGCGCAGAGAAGCAGAUGCCAUUGCAGUCGAUGGUGGCCAGGUAUAUAUGGCUGUAAAGUGCGGCCUUGUUCCAGUUAUGGUUGAGCAGUAUAAUCAACAAAGCUGUGGUGAUGGUGGAGAGACAGAGGCCUCAAGUUACUAUGUUGUGGCUGUGGUGCGCAAGGGCUCCGGUGUAACCUGGAAUAAUUUGAAAGGGAGGAAGUCCUGCCACACCGGCCUGAACCGCAAUGCUGGCUGGAAAGUUCCAGAUUCAGCCAUAUGCGGCAAAACACCUGACUGUACCCUAUACAAGUUCUUCAGCAAAGGCUGUGCUCCUGGUGCUGAUCCUCAAUCAAACAUGUGUGAACUGUGUAAAGGAAGUGGGAAGGCGGUGGGAGAUGAGAACAAGUGCAAAGCCUCUUCUGGGGAAAUUUAUUAUGGCUAUGAUGGGGCUUUCAGGUGUCUUGCAGAAAAAACUGGUGAAGUUGCUUUUAUCAAGCACACUAUUGUUGGGGAUUACACAGAUGGUAAAGGACCAGAAUGGGCUAAGGAUCUGAAAUCAGACGAGUUUGAACUGAUCUGUCCAGAAACACCAGGACAAACAGUAGAACACACUGCAUUUGCUAAAUGUAACCUUGCCAGGGUGCCAGCUCACGCUGUGAUCACCUUUGAAGAUGCACGCACUGAUGUGGUGAAUGUUCUGAAGCAGGCUCAAGCCAAUUCAGAAGUUCAGCUGUUCAAGUCAGAGGGUGAAAGAAACCUCCUUUUCACUGAUUCCACUAAAUGUCUUCAAGAAAAUACUAAAUCUCUGGUGGAUUUCAUGACUCAAAAGUACAUUGACAUGAUUGAAAGGACCUAUGAGACUGGCCAGAGUAAACCAGAUCUGGUAAAGGCAUGCGAGUUGGGAAAUUCCUAACAUAAAUACACACCAAAUUCAGGCCAUUUGAAAUACAGUCUUGACAUGUUUCCCCAACUAAGAAUCUACAUUUCUGAAUCACACUUUUUCUCCUGAGACAUUAUAAGCAGGAGAGAAACAUGAUGUUCAUAUUAUACAGCAUCAUCAGUGCAAAUUCAUAUGCUAUGAUAAUCAAACUGUCCUCAGGAAUAGUGAUGGAUUUGAUCAGGUUUCUGUUUUAUUACAACAGGGAUUGAAAUAAAAUGUUUUAUUUUUCUUCUCAAAA